AUGAUUACUUUAUUAGGUUUACUAGUCGUCGUUACUAAUGUUAUAACUUUAUUCUAUUAUACUUCUGAUCUUGGCGAAUGUCCGAAUUGGGUUUAUACGACUUUUGGUAUCGGCUUAUUUAUUUAUCAGUCAUUAGAUGCUAUUGACGGUAAACAAGCAAGACGUACACAAACUUCAGGUCCAUUAGGUGAAUUAUUUGAUCAUGGCUGUGAUGCAUUCAAUACUACUUUAGGGGUUUUGACUUGGGCUUCAUCUACUUAUCUUGGUCAAAGUUGGUGGACAGUUGCAUCUUUAUGUGCUUCCCUUGGUAAUUUCUAUCUUUCAACUUGGGAAGAAUAUCAUACUGGUGUUUUGUAUUUAGGCUAUUUCAGUGGACCUGUCGAAGGUGUCUUGAUGUUAUGUUGUGUUCAUUUAAUUUCUGGAUAUUUUGGUCCUGCUAUUUGGAUGCUUCGUGUAGAAGAACUUCUUCCUUUCAUUGAUUUUACAAAGUAUCCCGAAACACAACUUUUGGGUGGACUUCAAUUGAAUCAUAUUCUUAUCGUUGUCGGUGGUAUUGUUACACUUUGCAAUAUGAUUAUGGCAUAUUACAACGUAAUUCAUGUCAAAUAUUUCCCUACUGAAAACUCAAAGAAAGAUGGAUCAGUUAUUAAAGCAGUUUUAGGUCUUUUCCCUUUCUUUAAUAUGUGCUUUUGGAUUUAUAAAUGGAUGACACUUUGGCCCGAAAUUGUAACCGAACAUCUUGCUAUCUUUAUUAUCUUUAUAGGUCUUUUGUUUGGUCAUCAGGUUGGACUGAUGAUUACAUCUCACGUGUCAAAGUUAAACUUUCCUUACAUUAAUUAUUCAGUCAAUUUCAUGUUAAUCUCUGGGUGUCUCAUUGCCUAUUCUCAGCCAUUUAUUGAACAGUAA